GGGGCUGGCGGCUGCUGUGUGUGUCGCCUGCUCCUGAGUCUUGCUUUUCCCUUCCAAUGAAAAUGAGCAUUUUGGUGGGAGUUGGAGGCAGGGGAACAGAGGUCACUUUGUCUGCUGCUCUGCUUCCCAAGGAAACCGUGCUUGGUGGACUUCUUUCCCUGCCACAGCCCUCUGCCUUAGAGAGAGCCCGAAAGUAUCUCCCUUUCGUAAAUCCGGCCGCUGAGAGAUGUUCUGUUUGCCUAUUUCUCAUUUCAGUUUGGCGCCCUGACACAAGUGCGCAGUGUUGGGGCUUAUAAGCGAGGGAAAACGAGGUGAUCGAAACUCAGGCUUUGAAUUUCGUGACCGGUUUUGAUGCCAACUGUGGAUUGCAGGAGCCGGGCGGGCAGAUCCGGUCGUACACUCCAAUGUGUGAAUGGGACUUGGCUUUCCUGAGUGAACCAUCACCCACCCGCUCAUCAUCUGCUUGAGCGGCGGCCGGAGAGUAUCGCUCCCUCUGAGGAGGAAGCGAUCACGUUUCCGAGCCGGGGGUGCCCGUCCGUGAGCCCCCAAGGCUCGCUCCGGGGGCUGUUCCCCGGCGGUGGCGGUGCUCCCCCCUCGCUGCCCGGGGAGAGAUGCGGGCGGGGGGCUGCGCGCCGUGGGGCUCCGCGCCGGGCUCCGGCGGUGGGCAGGCGCCUGCCCGGGCGGCGCGGCCCCAGGUGAUCCGCACCACCUACGUGCACCUCACAUCGCCUGCUGAAAGGAUGAGACUUAAAACCGGCUAUAUUUGUACAAACUGCGCGCUCGCCUCCCCGUGCUGGGAGGGCUCUUUGGAGAGAUCUUAGGAGCCUUUCCGAGGGGCUGAUAUAGAUAUAAGGACAUUUCUACAUCGCGUCACGUGACAUAAUUACCACUAGAAUCAAUCAAGAUGAAUUGCACGUCAGCACACGGUGGGGAUUUUUUCUUAGUUGAUCCUGUCCAAACCCUCUUGUGCAAUAGAUGGAUCUUGUUCAAUGCAUUGAAGCCUCCUGGUUGCUUGCAAUCGCAAAAAGGAAGACAUGACUGAGUUUGACGAUUGCAGUCACGGCACAUCCAAUAUGUAUCUGCCAGGGUGCGCCUAUUACGUCUCACCCUCAGAUUUCUCGACGAAACCCUCUUUUUUGUCUCAAUCGUCGUCCUGUCAAAUGACUUUUCCUUAUUCUUCUAAUUUACCUCAUGUUCAACCUGUGCGCGAAGUAGCAUUCAGGGAAUACGGAUUAGAGCGCAGCAAAUGGCAGUAUAGGGGCAGUUAUGCUCCUUAUUACUCAGCUGAAGAGGUGAUGCACAGAGACUUUCUGCAGCCUGCGAACAGGAGGACGGAAAUGUUGUUCAAAACGGACCCUGUCUGCGGCCACCACGGACCGUCUCCCGCCGCCUCCAACUUCUACAGCUCGGUGGGGAGGAACGGCAUCCUGCCGCAAGGCUUCGACCAGUUUUACGAGACAGCCCCCGGACCCCCGUACCAGCAGCACUCCGAGAGCGAGGGGGACGCCGAGAAGGGCGACUUGAAAGCCCAGAACAGCACUUGUAGUAAAACACCUUCCAGCCAGGAGAAGAAAGUGACACCAGCAAACAGCGCCGAUUCCCCUUCUGGUGAGGCUGUUGCAGAGAAGAGCAACAGUUCAGCAAUUCCCCAGCGAUCAAGGAAAAAGAGGUGCCCCUAUACCAAAUAUCAGAUAAGAGAACUGGAACGGGAAUUUUUCUUCAACGUGUACAUAAACAAAGAGAAGAGACUGCAGCUGUCCAGAAUGCUCAACCUCACUGACCGGCAAGUUAAAAUCUGGUUCCAGAAUCGAAGGAUGAAAGAAAAGAAACUAAACAGAGAUCGACUCCAAUAUUUCACAGGGAAUCCCUUGUUUUGA